AUGGAAGAAGAAGUUGCCGCUCUCGUCAUUGACAAUGGCUCUGGUAUGUGCAAAGCUGGCUUUGCUGGUGAUGAUGCGCCACGAGCAGUUUUCCCAUCCAUUGUCGGCCGACCUCGCCACCAUGGUAUCAUGAUUGGUAUGGGCCAAAAAGACUCAUAUGUCGGUGAUGAGGCUCAGUCCAAGCGUGGUAUCUUGACCCUCAGAUACCCCAUCGAGCACGGUGUGGUCACCAACUGGGAUGACAUGGAAAAGAUCUGGCAUCAUACCUUCUACAACGAACUCCGUGUCGCACCAGAAGAACACCCAGUUCUCCUGACUGAGGCCCCCAUCAACCCCAAGUCCAACAGAGAGAAGAUGACACAGAUUGUCUUCGAGACAUUCAACGCACCCGCUUUCUACGUCUCCAUCCAAGCUGUGCUCUCACUCUACGCCUCUGGUCGUACCACUGGUAUCGUGCUUGACUCCGGUGAUGGUGUCACUCACGUUGUCCCCAUCUACGAAGGUUUCUCGCUCCCUCAUGCCAUCUCUCGUGUCGACAUGGCUGGUCGUGAUUUGACCGACUACCUAAUGAAGAUCUUGGCUGAGCGCGGCUACCCCUUCUCCACCACUGCCGAACGAGAAAUUGUCCGAGACAUCAAGGAGAAACUCUGCUACGUCGCUCUCGAUUUCGAACAGGAGAUCCAGACCGCCGCCCAGAGCUCCAGCUUGGAGAAGUCCUACGAACUUCCUGACGGACAGGUCAUCGCUAUUGGCAACGAGCGUUUCCGUGCUCCUGAAGCUCUUUUCCAACCCAGCGUGCUCGGUCUCGAAUCCGGCGGUAUCCAUGUCACAACCUUCAACUCCAUCAUGAAGUGUGAUGUUGAUGUGCGAAAGGAUUUGUAUGGCAACAUUGUCAUGUCCGGCGGUACCACCAUGUACCCAGGUAUUUCCGACCGCAUGCAGAAGGAAAUUACUGCUCUUGCACCUUCAUCCAUGAAGGUCAAGAUUAUUGCACCCCCCGAGCGAAAGUACUCCGUCUGGAUCGGUGGUUCCAUCUUGGCAUCCCUCUCGACCUUCCAGCAGAUGUGGAUCUCCAAGCAAGAAUACGAUGAGAGCGGUCCUUCCAUCGUCCAUCGCAAGUGCUUCUAA